CGGAAGUGUAGUUCUAGCCGUCAUUGUGUGGUGAGCUGUGUUGGUAGCUGUUUGUCGUUACUGCAAAAAUGCCGGAGUUAGCGGUGGAAAAUGUGGUCGUUCAUCCGCUGGUGUUGCUCAGCGUGGUGGAUCAUUUCAACAGGAUAGGAAAGGUUGGGAAUCAGAAACGAGUUGUUGGAGUCCUGCUGGGAUCCUGGCACAAGAAGGUUCUGGAUGUGUCAAACAGCUUUGCAGUGCCAUUUGAUGAGGAUGACAGGGACGACUCGGUGUGGUUCCUGGAUCAUGACUACUUGGAGAACAUGUAUGGCAUGUUCAAGAAAGUUAACGCCAGAGAAAGAAUAGUUGGAUGGUACCACACUGGACCCAAAUUACAUAAGAAUGACAUCGCUAUCAAUGAACUCAUCAAGCAGUACUGUACCAACUCGGUUUUAGUCAUUAUAGAUGUGAAGCCCAAAGAUCUCGGCCUUCCCACAGAAGCAUACAUAUCUGUGGAGGAAAUACACGACGACGGUACUCCGACAUCCAAGACAUUUGAACACGUCACUAGUGAGAUUGGAGCUGAGGAAGCAGAGGAAGUCGGAGUGGAGCACCUGCUCAGAGACAUCAAAGACACCACAGUGGGAACUCUGUCACAACGGAUCACAAAUCAGGUUCAUGGCCUGAAGGGACUCAACUCGAAGCUGUUGGACAUCCGCUCUUACCUGGAGAGGGUGGUAGCAGGAAAGCUCCCCAUCAACCACCAGAUCAUCUACCAGCUGCAGGAUGUCUUCAACCUGCUGCCAGAUGUUAAUCUGCUGGAGUUUACAAAAGCCUUCUACCUUAAGACCAACGACCAGAUGCUGGUGGUCUACCUGGCCUCGCUCAUACGCUCUGUGGUGGCUCUGCACAACCUGAUCAACAACAAGAUUUCCAACCGAGACGCAGAGAAGAAAGAGGGACAGGAAAAGGAGGAGGGAAAGAAAGAGAAAAAAGAUGACAAAGAGAAGAAGGACGAGAAGGACAAAGACAAGGAGAAGGAGAAAGCUGACGGUGCCAAGAAAGAUGAGAAGAAGAAAAAAUGAGUUCCCUUCCUUCAAGGUCUUUUCUCAGAUCACGCCAUCGUCAUCUGGAAGAUGUUCUACUUUCCGCCUGCAGCCACAGAUCUCUUUUUGGGUCUCGGGCUAAAAGUAGCACUCUAUAUGGGGAAGGGUGUCAUUUGAGAAUUGGCCUCAUCGUCGAAAUGGGCACUCAUAUAAAGACUGUUAUUAUCAUACAGAGACGAAGAUGUUUGUGUCUUUGGCGUCCUGGGCGAUGAAAACAUUUAUUGUUUUCAUAGUUGCCAUGCUCCUUGUGUGGUAAAAACACCUGAUAUUGAUUUUUUUUUGUAAUAAGGAAAAUAUGUUUUUCUUCUGUAUCACUCAUUAAGUUGGGAUCAUAUUAAAACUGUUUGAUUUA